UUUAAUUAAUAUGGAUAUAAAUAUAAAUAUUAAUCGAAUAUUGUAAAUUAUAUCCAUAUCGAGAUAAAUUUAAAUAAAAAAAAAUAAAUCUAAACAAGUAUUAUCCGAUCCACUUUCACCUCUAACAGGAAAACAUAAUAGACUUGAUCUCAGGAGUGCCAUGGAUUGCACUGUAGCCAAACAUACAUGAAAAAAUCGGAUUCAAAGUGAUUCGAUCCCACCAACUAAAUAAAAUGUUAUAUUUAUCCGUACGGGGCAGACAACCUAGGCCUACUCAAGGCGCGCUAAAACUCUCUCCAACUCACACACGUGCCGAUGCAAUUAUUGCACCCUCUAGCAUUUGCCAACCCAUAAAGGGCCAAAAAGGAACGUGGAAACAAAGGCAACAAGAAAAGGAGGUUGUCCCACUGCCAAUAGAUCUAAUUAGCAAGGAUACAAAAUUGACCAAUAGCAUCCAAGCCAGAAAGAACCAACCAAAUUCUGGAGCCGAGCUUAAGAUGAGGCCACUUUUUUUCCCCCAAAAAAUUCAGGAUGAGAUAGAACAGAGGCUUGAUUAAAGCUCUUAGUCCAAUAAUAAAAAAGAAAAAAUCGAAGGAAGUCACCUAUCUGAUCAAAAUAUAUAUAAAAAAAAGGCUCAUCCGCUUGCAUUGUAAGUGCACAAAAUUGACAGUGAUGCUCAUCAUGAGAACUAGGAUUCACCAAAUUUUUAAGGUGCAAAGGAUACCCCGUGAAAGCAUGGGCAUGCUGGUAAAUUAGCUACUGGGAGAACAGAAUAUAAAGACCCAUGUCACCAACCCUCACAACUCCUCACCAACUUUGUUCAAUAUUCCUCUGCAAGUCUUGUUCCAUGGAAGAAGAUGAUGAGAGAGAACUGCAGCUACUACUGCCUGCACCUUCCUCAGCUCAUGUUCCCUGCAAGGCACCCAAGUCUGCAGUGAUAACCGAUCCUGCUGACCAUCCACCACUUGACCUGAGCCUGUCGAUGAGCGUUGGACCAUGGAGGCCACCUUCAAAUGAGGAAGCUAAGAGCAACAUGAGAAAUGCGCAAGCACUGAAGCAACAGACUGCAGAGCAGAUCCGACUUGCCGCUGUAGAGAAGGCUUAUGCCGAGCGAGUGAGGGAGCUGACAAGGAGGGAGCUGGAGCUGGCGGAGAAAGAGUUUGCACGAGCUAGGCUGGUGUGGGAGCGAGCCCGAGAAGAGGUGGAGAAGGUGGAGAGGAUGAAAGAGAUGGCCACCAGAAGGAUCAAUUCCACUUGCAUGGAGAUCACCUGCCAAGCUUGUCAGCAACGGUUUCGACCAUAGUAGGACUCCUAUAGGAUUUCUGCUUCAGGCUCUUUUCUUAUUUCCUGGUUUGUGAUCAUGAUCUCAUUAUUUUUCCAUUUAACUCUUCCAAGUCCACAUCCCCAAGUUGAAAGCUAUGGACAAGUUGUAUAAAAGAAAAGAUAUCCUCCUCUCUCAUCCCUAUUCCUUCACCACUUCUUCCCAUUUUCAACAAGAUGCUAAACAAUUCGAUCUACAUU